AUGGCAAAUCCUAAUGUAGACUAUGGAAAAUGUACAGAUUGCGGAAAUGAACGAAGAAGUGUGGGAUGGUGUAACGUAUGCGAUGUAAAUGCUUUUAAGGAAAGUUUCGGAAAUUGGACAAGUG